AUGCUCGAGGAGCUGCUCGACCACACGUCGCCCGUCGCCCUUGCCGUCCUCGCCGUCCUGCUCUAUCUGGUGCGCGCGCUCGCCAGCCGCGUCAAUGCCGCCUCCAGACUCCGCGCCCUAGGUGGCUGUGCCCCCGUCCGCACCACCUACCUUCCCUUGGGUCUGGAUCUCGUAUACACGGCCGUGAAAGCGACCCUCGGGAACGCUAGCUACGACUUCUGGCUCGAUCUCUUCCGCACCGCCGGCAACCCGACCAACCCCUACACCGUCGAAGCCGCCGUGGGCGGCGUGCGUACCAUCUUCACCGCCGACCCGGACAACAUCAAGGCCAUCCUGGCCACGCAGUUCGCCGACUACGGCAAGGGCGAGCGCUUCAACCAAGAGUGGCACGAUUUCCUGGGCGACAGCAUCUUCACCACUGACGGCCCAAAGUGGCACAAUGCGCGCCAGCUGAUCCGGCCUCAAUUCGUCAGGGAUCGUCUCAGCGACAUCCAUGUCUUUGAGAGACACAUCAACAUUCUGCUGGACCAUCUCGGCGGCAAUGGCGAGACUGUCGAUGUCAUGGACCUGUUCUUCAGGCAUGCGCCCCGAUUUCCUGUCAGACCGCUCAUUCUGACGGCAAAAUUCGCCCAGGCGUUUGCCGACGUCCAACACGUGCAGGGAUUGAUUGCUAAGAGCGGGCCCGUGAAUUGGCUGCUGCCGCGUAAGCAGUUCCGUAAGGACAUCCAGACCAUGAACGAGUUCAUCGAGCCCUUCAUCGAUCGAGCUUUGAGCCUCUCCCCGGAAGAGCUGGAAAAGAGGACCAAGAACGACGAGGGCUACACCUUUUUGCACGCGCUCGCCUCUUACACGAGGGAUCGCGCCACUCUCCGUGAUCAACUCGCAGCCGUCCUCUUGGCCGGCAGAGACACCACCGCCUGCACCCUGUCCUGGCUCUUCUACGAGCUUUCCAACCACCCAAAGGUCGUGCAGAAACUGAGGGAAGAGAUUCUCAGAGUGGUGGGCGACGAGGCCAUGCCUACCUACGAGCAUCUGAAGUCCAUGAAGUACCUCCAGCACACCAUCAACGAGACCCUCCGCCUCUACCCCGUCGUCCCCUUCAACAUCCGCUUCGCCCUCCGCGACACGACCCUGCCCCGCGGCGGCGGUCCCGACGGCAACUCGCCCAUUGGCGUCCUCCGCGACACGCCCGUCGCCUACUCCACCCUCACCAUGCAGCGCCGGCCCGACGUCUACCCCCCCGUGUCCGAGUCCUUUCCGCCUGUUCUCUCAUUCGCGCCGGAGCGGUGGGACUCGUGGACCCCCCGUGCGUGGACGUAUAUUCCGUUUAAUGGCGGGCCAAGAAUCUGCAUCGGCCAGCAGUUCGCCCUGACGGAGAUGGCGUAUACGAUUGUUAGAUUGUUGCAGCGCUUUGAGAGGGUGGAGAACCGGACGGAUGGACACCCGGGGCUUAAGACGGAUAUUGUGUUGCAGCCGGCGAGGGAGACGUGCGUGGCGUUUUGGAAGGCGGCGCCGCGAGCGUAA